UUCCAUUCAGGCCUGGGGAAGCGCUUCCGGGUCGCUGCCGGCUGCCGGCUCUUGGCGCGAUGAGGAAACUGAGGCCCAAAGAGGUUAAGUGUAUUGGCCAAAGUCAAACAGCUAGUAAGUGAUGGAGCCAGGACUCAAAUUCAGGAGCCAUGUCCACUUUGUUCCCUUCCCUGUUCCCUCGUGUGACUGAGACAUUGUGGUUUAAUCUGGAUCGACCCUGUGUGGAGGAGACAGAGCUGCAGCAGCAGGAGCAGCAGCAUCAGGCCUGGCUCCAAAGCAUCGCAGAGAAAGACAACAACCUGGUACCUAUUGGCAAGCCAGUCUCAGAGCACUAUGAUGAUGAGGAAGAAGAGGAUGAUGAAGAUGAUGAGGACAGUGAAGAGGAUUCAGAAGAUGAUGAGGACAUGCAGGACAUGGAUGAGAUGAAUGACUAUAAUGAGUCACCUGAUGAUGGAGAGGUCAAUAAGCCUCCUCUUCAGGUGGACAUGGAAAGCAACGAACAGGAUCAGGACCAGUGGAUGAUCUAGGUAAGCAAGCCAAGG